ACGACAUUUAUCAUAAUAAGUUUUUUAUUAUCAACUUCUCAUUUAUUUUUUAAGUUUCUCGUUCUAAAUUUCUAAAUAUUCCGUUUUUUAUUUUCUUUAAAUUACUUUUUUAAGUUUAUUUUGUUUUUACCUUAUUUAUAAUUUGAUACUUAAUUUUUAAGAAUGCAGAACGUAAUAAAUAGUGUAAAAGGAACAGCUUUAGGAGUUGCAGAAUACUUAACUCCCUUAUUAAAGGAAUCAAAAUUUAAAGAUACUGGUGUAGUGACACCUCAAGAAUUUAUUAUAGCUGGUGAUCAUUUAGUUCAUACUUGCCCAACUUGGGAAUGGGCAAGUGGUGAUGAGUGUAAAAUAAAAUCAUAUUUACCCAAAAAUAAACAAUAUCUUAUCACAAGAAAUGUACCAUGUUCACGACGAUGUAAACAAAUUGAAUACUGUGAAGUUCAAGAAAAUAUUGUUGAAUCAGAAGAUGGAAAUGAAGGAUGGGUGGAAACUGUUCAUCUUGAUUCUUUACCAAUAAAUGAUACAAUAUCUCAUCUAACAUUAAAGGAUGAUCAAAACAUUGAAAAUGAAAUUUCCCCAAAAAGUGUAUACAAUGAAAUAAAUAAAAAUUUUAAUUUAAUUAAUAAUCCUGGUGAUGACGAUGAUGAAGAUGAUGGAGAAGCUAUUGAUAUGGAUCAAUUUGUUGAAAGUGGUAUGUUAGAAGAUGAUUCAGCUGUUGUAUACCCAAUAAAUAAAAUUGUAGAAAAAAAUGAGGCUAGUUUACAAUCUGAAGAAAUAGUAAAAACUCGAACAUAUGAUUUGCAUAUUACCUAUGAUAAAUUUUAUCAAACUCCAAGGCUAUGGCUGUAUGGAUAUAAUGAAAAUCAAAUACCACUAAAUGUUGAACAAAUGUAUGAAGAUGUAAACCAAGAUUAUGCAAAGAAAACAGUAACCAUGGAAUCUCACCCUCAUUUUUCGGGUCCUCCAAUGGCUUCUAUACAUCCAUGCAAACAUGCUGAAAUAAUGAAAAAACUGAUUCUGACUGUAACAGAAGGUGGAAAAGAUUUAGGUGUUCAUUUAUAUUUAAUUAUAUUUUUAAAAUUUGUGCAGUCUGUUAUACCAACAAUAGAUUAUGAUUAUACUCAAAAUAUUAAUUUAUGACCAUAUUUUCAUUAGUAAAAUAAAGUACUACGUUUUUUUUUUGUA